CAGUCAUAUGCAUCCAAAGUUAAAAGUUUGGGCAUAUUUAGUCGCCCUAGGUUCUGGAUUCUUCGUCUUUAGAGAGAGAUAGCCAUUUGAGUGGUUGUUGCAGGAGAGUUCUCCAUGCUCAUCCCUUAUCUGGCGUCCGUGAAGAAGAUGGAACCCUUCAGACCAACAUAGUAUGCGUUUUUGGUGUCGGUGGGGAGUUCGGCGACUGAGUAUUGGGCGAUGUGGUUCAGACGGAGUCCUAUUUGUGCAAGAUGGUGUGCGACUUUGUUCACCUCGUGUGAUCGAAACAAAAAGGAGAUUCCGCUUUGUAGUCUGUGCUGUUGGAGCCUGUUUAUCUCCGGAGAGAGUUGUAUCACGCUUUGAGGGGGUUGAGAGUUCGGGUCGGGAAGGAGAUGGCGAGCUGGAAGGACGCAGUAGAAAUGCGAAGUAUUGCACCUUCGGCGCUUCUCCUCUUGCUGUGUGCCUCGUCUGUGUUGAGACAGGGUGUUUGUGAUGAUAGGUGCCAAGAAAUAGUAGGAAGCUUUGACCUUGACACCUCUUCUGCUUAUGCUCCAUCCAGUUGUAAUCCCUUUUGCUUUCUCAUUAUAUCAGGUUAGAAAUGAAGAGUAAGAGAAGAGGUUGAACAAUGGUGUGGGUUAGUUGCUUGGAAAGAGUAGUAUUUAUAGAGAAGUGAAUAAUCUUCUUAUAAAGAAAAUACACACCCUAAGAGCAGGCUGGCCAGAAUGGAUGGGUUUUGUUUUUUACAAAGCUGGCCUAUAUAUUUUAUAGAUAUCGUAUGCGCAUACUACGUAUGAAUGUGGUGCUGUAACAUUGGUAUGCCUGCUUUUAUAACAGCAAAAUGGGCAUGCCAAUCCUACCCCAACAGUGUACAGUAUUCUUCAACCAAUCAGAAUUGUUUUUGGAUCUGGGG